GCGCUAAAAACUGCAGCCAUCGUUAAAAAAUGGCGUCACGUGGAUGGGAACGCGAUGAGGACCUGGCUCGGCACGACGACGCCUCUAGCGCCACUGCUGAUGCUGCACCAGCUACACAAGACGGCGGAGAUGACGCUGGCAACGCGGAUGCGCCUGUGGUGACCCAGAAGCGGCGGAGAAACCUGCUCCGAGAGUCGCAUCUGGCCUCGGCCGAGGGUUUCAAGAAGGUGCACCGCACAUUCCCGUACCAGGUCUCGGCCGAUGUAUCGGGCCGCGAAGCACAGGCACUAGCGUCGCUGGUUAAAAUGUACAAGCAAUGGGCCUUCGACUUGUACCCGGGACUGAACUUUGAGGACUUCGUAGACCGGACUGAGGCGCUGGGGAAGGGCCAUCAGGUGCAGGGACUCAUGGUGGAGUUAAGGGAGAAAGAAAGGAUUAAGGCCGUGAAGAAAAGAGAAGAGCAAGAGGAAAAGGAGAGAGAGGAGAAGGGAGAGAGUGACAGUGACGGCGAGGAAGCCAUGCUUUAGACAGACCAUCGAGUCAAAAUGGAUACACUUGUAUGUUACACAAUACGAAACAAUUCCUUCCUAAAUGUAGCCAUCAUUAAAACAUCUGCGAAUUACCAGU